AUGGGAUAUGAUCUCGGAAAUAGCAAUAAUAUUGUGCUGGGAGAUAACUAUAAGCAGUUGAGUUUGUGCAGCUUAAUGCUAGCUGAUAGUUUCUUGCUUGCUCAAUACAAGCUAGCUAUCA